UGCAGGAGUGGGAAUUGGAGGAGGAGUGCGGGGUGUGUCCCCAACCGCUGCUUCAGGGACACCGGGCCCCAAGCACAAAGCUGCAGUGGGCGGGGAUUGGAGCAUGCACACGGUGAGGACUAAGAAGAUGUUUAAGGUCCAACAACAAGCUGAGGGGAACCUGCUGUAUUCUGCUUACCCCACUAUUACCCUGAUCAGACACAGGUGCAAGGACAAAGUGGCCGUGUAUUUGGGGAAGAAUGUGUUCCUCACCUUAGAUAACUUUGGUAGCAGUCUCCUGCCACUCAGAAUUCCCAGGUCGAUGGCGGUGCAGAAAGCGGAAGUCACGUGCGCUCACUUCUCCACUGAUGUUAUAAUACUAUUCGUUGUGGAUGGGAAAAUCUUCAUUUAUAAUUAUAAAGACAAAACUUGGAACCAGGCUUCAGGUGUCCAUCACACUGUUUCUCAUGUCAGUGGAGACACUUGCUGUUUUAAAGGAAGUUCCUUUUGCCUGGAAAUAACCAAUAAGCUUUUUGCAUAUUUCCGUGGAGAUCAGCUGGCUAACACUGUUGUGUAUUUCUCAACUAAUGGAGGAUUCAGCUUCCAGAUCCUUGUGGAUGAAAGACAGAGACAUUUGACAGGAACAGUGGAAGGCAUUUUCCACUUCCACUCCCUGUCUCAGAUUGGGGUGUUCACAUUCAGAAACCAAUCGGCAGUAUUCAUCUACUCCGAUCACCCCCUGAACCGCAGUUGGGGGCAGUUCUUCGAGCAACACGAACAACUUGACAUCAUCCAGAGCCCAGGCCAGAGGGGUUUUCUGAUCUUCUGGAAUCAGACCAGUUUGUUUGUGUCCCCCAACGUAGGCCAGUUUGUGGACACAGUACAGUUGCAAGAAGGGCAGACCAUCGUGCUAGACUCGCUCACCAACAACAACAUCACCAUCCACUCCAUCGCCUUAAAUGAGAAUGAACUGGGGGUGCUGACCCGGGAGGAUCACUUGUACUACGGAAGCCAGGGAUACCUGCGCACAGUUGUCAUCCAACUGAUGGAGCAGCCCUUCUGGUCAGAAGACACGGCUAUCAUGUUCGAGAGUCCUGGGAUGCUGGAGGUUCUGAUCCCCGUUCCGGACACAGAGUUUCUUGCUUUUGACUUCAGGAAGUGCACUGUGAACAUCCAGGCAGUGCUCAUGGACCCUAGCCUCCAGAUGAAGCCCUGUAACGUUGAGCUUCUGGAAGGCCCCCUGGAGAAGGAAAUGUACACCAUUGACAUGAACAGCAAGCUGGAUCUGUCUGCCCAGAUUAUCCCUAGGCCCAGAGAGUCCCCAGUUCCUCUGGUGAUGGUCAGCAACCCUCACUCCCUGGGAGUCCAGGCAUCCAUGGUGGAGUUCGGAACGACCUUUGAUGGCAACUCUAAGUACAAACUGGAAAUUCAGCUCAAACAGCAGCACCUUUUGGGCAGAGCAGAUGGAAACUUCACCACCAUCAGCAUGAAGCGAAAUGCCAUCUCUGCUUUGACUGUGGACAUAGCUGACAAGGAGAUUUCAUGUGUGGACCUGAAGCCUCUGUCCACACUCAUCUCGAUUGGCUGUGACCUGAAAAAGAAGAUCACCGUGCAGAACAAAAUCUCUGCCUGUGCCAUGGGAAUCCUGGAUCCAGUGGAUCUGCAGGGAAACUACAGUUACAUCAUUGAGAAGUGGUGGAAUGGACUAAUGCACGAGAUCGUGGACGCAGAGUACGUGCUGAUGGAGGUGAAUGGACUAUUCACCUACUCCUACUCCCUGACAGCUGCCACGGCAGGCUGCAAGUCGCAGCCCCAGAACUGGACCACUGUCUUGGCAGCCACAGAUAACUCGGAGUUCAAGUCCUGGGACAGAGAGAACUACGUCAGCUGCCAUGAAUGGAGUGAGGAUAGACCCCUGCUAUGGCCAGACGUCCAGUACCAGAUCCUCGGUGGCCGGACCAACAACAGGGUCAUUUUUGACCAAAGAAAUGGAAUCUACGUCUUUUCCCUGUCAGUUGUGGACCCUCACUACAGUUACUGUCACCUGGACACAGUCUUCAGCGUCUUUGUGUAUGGAGCCUUGCCGCUGCCCCUGUUCCCACCCGAGCUCGUCAUUCUGUUGCUCACCACCACCAUGCUGCUGUCUGUGGGACUAGUCUACACCACCCCCAAGUUGCUGGCCACCGAGAGGGGCCACCACUUUAAGAGGUUCUGGUCCAGGCUCUGCCGAGGCUGCAUCUGGUACUGCAGCUGCCCUUGGCUGCAACGCAACUUCCAGCGCUGGCUGCAAACCAGGAGGGUGAAAUUCCAGCGAGAGGCCAAACAACAGUCAGAGGCCACAGGACAAAUGGAGACUGAAAGAUCCACAGACACCCUGCAACUGUCAGGCACAAAGAGACAUACAGACACCAAGGGAUAUACAGACAUCCAAGAAUGGCCACAGACACAAACCAAGCCCAGGAGACGGUCAUCUGACCAUCACGUCCCAACACCACCAUGAUGUGAGAAGGUGUAUCAAUAAACUGUGAGGCAUAAGGAAGGAGCAAGGAUGUGUUCAUGCUAUGCAGGGGCUCUAUCCCUGCCCCCUCUGCCCUCUAGGCUACACUCUACCCCUGA